AAUUAUCUUCAUCUAUUUCCAGCAAUAGAAGUGCCUCUUUCUUCCUCUGUUCUGCUCUGUUUUUGGUUGUUCUGCUUUUAUCUCUUCUGCUACUUCAAUUGGUAUCAGAGCCUUACACAAUGAAUGGCUCAAAUCAGAUUUCAGUUCCUAUCUUGGAUGGGAAGAAUUACAAUAGGUGGCAUGUCCAAAUGAGGGUGCUUUUUGAUUACCACGAGUUGCUAGGUGUGGUAGAGACUGGAGUUGCUGAACUUGCAGAAAAUGCAAAUGAUGCCCAAAAGCACGCCCAUCGUGAGAGCAAGAAAAAGGAUAAGAAGGCAUUAUAUUUCAUCCAUCAAGGGUUGGGUAUGCCAUUUAUUGGGCAUGUGGAGCUCACAUUGUUUUAUUUAAUGUUUUCAGAUACUAAACAUGGAGCAUCUGGGAUGCAGGGGAAUAGAGAGCCACCUUAGAAAUAGAUUAUUUACUUCUUUCCUAUUAUGCUUAGCAUUCGUGGACAUUUGAAAUAAAUAGAUUUUAAUUUAGUGCUAGUUAUACUUGAGAUUCUUGGUGUAGAAUUGGCUUUAGAUGAUGGAGUAUUAUUGACAUAUAUAUAUUUUUCUAUUAAUUUUCUAUAAAGUGAAGAAUAAAUU